AUGGCUGCCCGCCCAAAGUCAUGCAUAUCAAUUGAUACAGAUGUUAAUCUUGACUUUCUCACAAAAGAAGAGAAGGAAGCUCUUCUUUCUAAAAAGAUGGAUAUGAUUCGCCAGAGAAAUAAAGCUCUCACAGAGAGGCAUCAGUUGAUUGAAGCAGACAAGAAGAAGGCAGAGGAUGCAGGGCAAGCAGUGAAACCUACAGUAGAUAGCCAGAUGUUGCCUGCAGAAGGUGCCCCUAAACCUAGAGGCAGAGGAAGAGGUCAAGCACACAGUAAAGAUGGUAACAGACCUAUGAAAGAAAGACCCAAAUCAUCAGGGGAUCUAAGAGAUUCGUCAAAUUAUGAGCCCAUAGUUGAUACAACAGAUCUGGCUAACUACAGAAGUAAAGGUCAUAGUGGGCUGCAUGAGAGGGAGGCACCAAACAAUAUACAGAAAAGCAAAAAGAAAUCAAAAGAAGAGGGCCCUCCACCAGAUCCUUCCUUCAACCCUCUAGCUGAUCGAAGACGGAGUGACAAGAAGGAAGAUGUUGUGGAUCACAGACGACAUCCAAGGAAUUACGGUGGAACUUCAGACCUUUCUAGAGUAAAACAGAACAUGAAACACUUGCGAGAGAAGGAGAAAGAAAGACCUCAGGGAAGCAAACCCUUGGACAUCGUGAUGACUGGCAAGGAGAGGAGAAACCAUGAGGACUGGAAGGCAGAGAGGGAUCGAUAUGACAAGGAGCGUAUUCAGAGGCAAAUGAGUGAUGGUGGCAAUUGGAAACGGGCAUGGGAUGCAGACAAAUUUGCACUAGAGAAUGAGGAGCAGUCAGCAUAUUCUUUAAAAAUGGAACCAGCCAAGCGGCCAGCUGGUCGUAUUGGCAGUGGUCGAUUUGACCGUGGUGAAAGAGAUGACCAUCCUCGAAGUGCUGUUUUAGUGAAAGGAACUGUGCAGCAUGCUGACCAUUUGCAACAACAGCAGCAACAGUGGCAGCACCAUGACCAGCAACAACUGCCAGCACAACUUCAUCAACAUCACUCCCUUGUUGGGGAAAACAAGCCUGCACGAGGUCGCGGCAGAGGUCGUGGAAGAGGCCGCAGUCGUGGUGGGUCAGGUGAAAAGUUUCCACGUCCCAGGACAUGGUCUGGGGGAGAGGAUCGCUUUGUGGAGUGUCAGAAGGAACUGCUGUUGGUGAAAUUUGAUAACACUGCAGGGGAUAACAGUGUAGAAGUAGAGUAUGAUGAUGAUGAAUUUCUUCCGUCACCACCCAACACUUCCAAGGCACCACAGCCUGCUACAACUCAGGGAAGAGGCCCCACAGGCCGUACUCCAAAUCAGGCCUCCAACCAGCAAGCUCGUGGGGUCAGGCCUCAACAGCAGAAGAACAAAGCAGCACAGCACAAAGACGACCCUCAGAUAAAUCUGCAAAUACCUACAGAAGGCCAAUGGAAUAACUCCACACCUCAGACAGCAGUAGAUCAAUUUAUGGCUGCCUUUGGUACAGAAGGGAUUCAUGCACACACUCCCGGUCACUCCCAAGGCUUUAGAGAUGGUGAUGAAUGGGAAGAUGACACAGAGACUUCUGCUGUACAAGAGGAGAAUGAUUCUGGCAUUUCAAGCAUGGUGCAGUCUAGCACCACAAGUAGCUCAAUCCAUGAUUUGCACUUAGAGUGCAGACUCAACCCUGAAGCUCCAGAGUUCUUGCCCACCUCUGCAGAUUUGAUUAAAUCACCAAAUGAAGCUGCAGAUACCUCUCCCUGGAACUCAGCCAGCAGGUCGCCUUCUCCACUGUCACAAGAUUCUGCAUUCUCUCCACAACUGACACCAAAGCUGUCCACAUCUCCACAUACCCAUCCUGCCAUUCACUUACAAGAAUCCUCUGCCCCAUUGAGAAGGGGAGUGGACACUGUGCUUCAAAAUUACCAGCCACUACUAAUGCCGGGUGAGGAAUCAAAAGUACUGGCAAGGAAACAGGCCAGAGUUGGUGAUCCCACUAGCUCAGAAGUUCCAAAGCCCAAUGAAAAACCUGAGAUCAUAGAUGUCAAUGUGUCUUGUCUCACCAGUAAAAGAAGUGAUACUAAAGACACCAUACAUACUUCAAAUGAUGUGGAUAGAGCAAAUGCUCUGUCAGAUGCCUUUAGUAAAGCCAGGAAAGAUGCAUUAGAAAGCAACAAGGCUGCCGCAAACAAAGAGAAAACCACAAGUGGUAAUAUUUCUGCUUCGCAUCCUAAAAGAAUGACACACAAUUCUUUGUCAGAAGACACAAAGAAUAUCUCCAAAGAGUCUGCAACUUGUCUUGCUGCUGAGAAUACUCGGGACAAUGUGGUUGCCAAAGACUUGCUGCGGGAUGUGUCAAAGAUGCAUGGCUCAUCUGAAGGGACCACAGAGUCCAUCACAAAUGGUGAUGGAUCUGAUCAGUGGAAGCUGAAUGGAGUAUCUGUAGAUUCUAAAGACCACAUGCUUGCCACACAUGAGCAUGGUGUGAUUGCAGGGAGUCUUAAAGAGAACUUCAACGUGCAAGAGGACCUCAAAACACAUCCGCAUGCAGUAGCUGUAGGAAGUCUCAAAAAGGACUCCAACGUACAAGAGGACCUCAUAACACAUCCGCAUGCAGUAGCUGUAGGAAGUCUAAAAAAGGACUCCAACGUGCAAAAGGACCUCAUAACACAUCCGCAUGCAGUAGCUGUAGGAAGUCUCGAAGAGGACUCCAACGUACAAGAGGACCUCAUAACACAUCCGCAUGCAGUAGCUGUAGGAAGUCUCAAAAAGGACUCCAACGUGCAAGAGGACCUCAUAACACAUCCGCAUGCAGUAGCUGUAGGAAGUCUCAAAAAGGACUCCAACGUGCAAGAGGACCUCAUAACACAUCCGCAUGCAGUAGCUGUAGGAAGUCUCAAAAAGGACUCCAACGUACAAGAGGACCUCAUAACACAACCGCAUGCAGUAGCUGUAGGAAGUCUCAAAAAGGACUCCAACGUACAAGAGGACCUCAUAACACAACCGCAUGCAGUAGCUGUAGGAAGUCUCAAAGAGGACUCUAACGUACAAGAGGACCUCACAACGAUUAAGCAUGGCACAGCUGUUGGGGGUCUCAAAGAGGACUCCAUCAUACAUGAUGACCUCACAAUACAUCAGCAAGGUGUAACUGUAGGAAGUCUCAAAGAGGACUCCAACGUACACGAUGACCUCACAACCCAUGAGCAUGCAGUAGCUGUAGAGGGCUUCAAAAAAGACUGCAAUGGACAAGAGGACCUCAAGGAACCAGCAGCAACAGUGACUGCAAGCAUCAGUGGUCUUUGUGAUCCUGCACAAGUCAGUGAACUAAAUGGAUCAAAGAAUGCCCCUAAAGCAGAUGAGUCAACACUGCCCACUGCUGACAUUUGUGCAUUCUCAUAG